AUGGCUGCUAUGAUGUGUACAAACAUUCUAAAUAACAAUGGGGAACUGCGUAGCUUCCGGCCUCGGGACCGAGACGAGAUGGUGAAGAAAGUGAUUGAGCCCAUGGCGUGUGAUGGGCUGCGGACCAUCUGCAUCGCCUACCGCGACUUCCCGGCAGGCAAAGAGCCGGAAUGGGACAACGAGAACGACAUUGUGAUAGACUUGACCUGCAUUGCUGUGGUGGGGAUUGAAGACCCUGUGCGGCCGGAGGUGCCAGAAGCCAUCCGCAAAUGCCAGCGUGCCGGCAUCACCGUCCGCAUGGUGACCGGGGACAACAUCAACACAGCCCGGGCCAUUGCUGCCAAGUGUGGCAUCAUCCAGCCAGGAGAAGAUUUCUUGUGCUUGGAGGGGAAGGAGUUCAACAGGCGAAUCCGCAAUGAAAAGGGAGAGAUCGAACAAGAACGGCUAGAUAAAAUCUGGCCCAAACUACGGGUUCUGGCUCGCUCUUCUCCCACCGACAAACACACCUUGGUAAAAGGUAUUAUCGACAGCACGAUUGGAGAGCAGCGCCAGGUGGUUGCUGUCACUGGGGACGGGACGAACGACGGGCCAGCCCUCAAGAAAGCAGAUGUAGGCUUUGCCAUGGGCAUAGCAGGCACUGACGUGGCCAAGGAAGCCUCAGACAUCAUCCUGACAGAUGACAAUUUCUCCAGCAUCGUCAAGGCGGUGAUGUGGGGCCGCAACGUCUAUGACAGCAUCUCCAAAUUCCUGCAAUUCCAGCUCACAGUCAACGUGGUGGCAGUCAUAGUGGCCUUCACUGGUGCCUGCAUCACACAGGAUUCCCCACUCAAGGCCGUGCAGAUGCUUUGGGUGAACCUGAUCAUGGACACCUUUGCUUCCCUGGCACUUGCCACAGAACCCCCUACGGAGUCCCUGCUGCUACGCAAGCCAUACGGACGCAACAAGCCCCUCAUUUCCCGCACCAUGAUGAAGAAUAUUUUGGGCCAUGCCGUGUACCAGCUGACGAUCAUCUUCACCCUUCUCUUUGUGGGCGAAGUUUUUUUCGACAUCGACAGUGGCCGCAAUGCUCCUCUGCACUCCCCGUCCUCGGAGCACUACACCAUCAUCUUCAACACCUUUGUCAUGAUGCAGCUCUUCAACGAGAUCAACGCCCGCAAAAUCCACGGCGAGCACAACGUCUUCGACGGCAUUUUCAGCAAUCCCAUCUUUUGCACCAUCGUUCUAGGCACCUUUGGCAUACAGAUAGUUAUUGUGCAGUUUGGGGGGAAACCAUUCAGCUGCUCCCCAUUGAAUGCGGAACAAUGGCUCUGGUGUCUGUUUGUGGGCUUCGGGGAACUCGUCUGGGGACAGGUCAUUGCCAGCAUCCCUACCAGCCAACUCAAGUGCUUGAAGGAGGCAGGCCAUGGUCCCGGCAAGGACGAAAUGACCGACGAAGAGAUGGCUGAGGACGAGGAGGAAAUUGAUCACGCUGAGCGGGAGUUGCGCCGCGGCCAGAUCCUUUGGUUCCGGGGCCUCAAUCGCAUCCAGACCCAGAUGGAGGUAGUUAGCACGUUCAAGAGAAGCGGCUCCUUUCAGGGGGCUGUCCGACGCCGCUCUUCCGUCCUCAGCCAACUGCACGAUGUAACCAAUAUUUCUACCCCCACUCACGUAAUUCUCUCCGCCGCAAAUGCCAGCGCUGGUGCCGGGAGUGAGUCUUGAUUUCCUCUUACUGCUUGUGAUUUAACAAACAAAACAAAACAAAGAAAAAAAAUACCCCAUCCUAUUUUUGCCCUCUUCCAAUAUCCCCUCCCUCUCUUCUGUCCACCCCAACCUCACCCCUCUUCGUCCCCUGUUGCCCCAAUCACUGUUGCAAUAUGAUUUGUUUCAGUUUUUUUUUAAUCUGUCCGGUCUCAGUCACGCCGGACGUGCAACUUCUAUAAAGCCAUAAGACUUCUGCGCUUUGCCCCUCCUUCUUUAGCUGCUAGCACCUCUUCUGUCCUUGGUUUGCUCGUCUCUUUCACCUUCUCUGUCAAUGGCUGCCGGUUUUGAAAGGAUUAGAACCCGAUCCCCAGCUGGUGGGGAAGGGGCAUAGGCGUUCCAGUCCCAAGCACCGAAGCUGCGGAGCGCCGUAACCAGCUGGGGAUCUAGCCUCGUUUUUAUGGCCUAGCCGCACAUCUCAGUGGUGAUUGGUGUUUAUCGUGGUGUUUGGUGUGUGUCCCUCAGUGUUGCAUGUCAGCAUUUGGUGGGAGGAGACAGGGUGCGGAGGAAGCCUCAAGUUUCCAGAACUGGCCAGAAAGUGUCUGGUGGGACCAAACCCAAUAUUUUUGAGCUAAAUCCAGAGUCUUCCACUGCUGGCCUUGAUAAGGGUCAACGUGCUCUUGGCCUCGAUUAAAUUUAUAGGAAACCAAGAAUGGGAGGACAGCUGUUUUCACAACCAGUCAGUUUAUAACAUGGGAAUGCAGUGGCUAAGUUGUGGCUUCGUGGUGGACAGAGCCACUCCCGCAUCUCCAAUACCUGCUUAAGACUGACUUGAGCCAGCCGACACAGCCUCCAAGCAACCCUCCUUGAAAUGAAUGGAAGCUGCUUUGCAGCGGUCGUUGGAGAAUUUUUCUGCUCGCAGAACCUCACGCCUUCAAGUGUCCUCUGCUGU